AUGCCCCGUUCUUUCCUCAUUAAGAAGCACUGCAGCACCAAAAAACCUAACUACAGCCAACUGGAAAUACAGAAUGCAACAGCCAUUUCACCCUAUUUAUAUAAGGGUUUGACAUUUCCACUGAUGCAACAGCCUGAAGUGCUCACUCCGAUCAUUUGUGACGCGCCAAGACUGUGGGACAGGGCUCCUAUCAGUCUCCGAGUGUGUCUGCCCUCUCCUCCGGAUGCUGACAUUGGAACAGAAACACCAUUCAGCAGCCAGCCAACCCUGGAGAUCAGUGUUAAGGAAUGUGCGGCUGUCAGAGGCAGCAGCACCCCACUAAGAGAUACAGUGAAUGACCUUAACCUGUCCCUUUCCAAAAAAGCCAAAAGAAGAGCCACAAACAAUGGCACGUUUAAAGGAGACAGCAACACAGAGGAAAAAAUCCUUGAGGUUGAAAGCACUUCUGAAGCAACCCCGGAGAAGUUUGAGUGUUUUCAAUGUCAUAAGGCGUACAACACUUUAUCUGGGCUCUCUAAACACAGACAACUUCACUGUGAAUUACAAACUAGAAAAUUCUUUAACUGCAAGUAUUGUGAUAAGGAAUAUGUCAGCCUGGGUGCAUUGAAGAUGCACAUAAGGACACACACGCUGCCCUGUGUCUGCAAAAUCUGUGGCAAAGCCUUCUCUAGACCAUGGCUGUUACAGGGACACAUCAGAACACAUACGGGGGAGAAACCUUUUGCCUGUCCUCACUGUAGCAGGGCUUUUGCAGAUCGCUCAAAUCUCCGAGCACACCUGCAGACACACUCGGAUGUGAAGAGAUACCAAUGCAAGAGCUGCUCAAAGACCUUUUCCAGAAUGUCCCUUCUUUCCAAACAUGAGGAGGCUAGCUGCUGCCCCAUGUCUUGACACACAUUUUGAAAUAUUUGAUCAAAAAACUAUCUAUUUUGUAAUAAGUUGAAGGUGUGGCCACAAUGUGGUGGUCUUUUUAGUAUUUAUAGAAUGAAAAUGGAUAUGAACUACUUACUGGCAUAUCAAAUCUCAAAGUAAUUUCAUGCUGAUGGAGACUUGCAGUUGGUAUCUUGCACUAGCAAAUUUGUAUCAAUUUGGACUAAGUUAGUUGUGACAAAACAUCUAUUGUCAACCAGUUAGAAUAUGAACUCUGAAACAGCUGCAGAAAAGCAAUAUUAAAAAGAAAUACCUGUGCUAAUUAGGAGAAAAUUGAAUUGUGAUUUCCCCACCAUUAAAGGGGACCUGCACCGCUUUGCAAAACUGAGAAGGCAGACUUGAUCUCUGCUGUACCUGAAAUUAAGGAGAGUAUGAUCAUUUGGAACUAAAAUUCUACUAAAAGCAACGUAUGGCCCAGGCAGGAGGAUGAGAAGUAUUACUGUCUCAAACUUGGGGGUUUCCUCUCAUGGCUGCCCCCAAAGAAGGGGGCAGUCUUCUUAAAGACUAAGAAUACACCUUGAAGGAGAAGAUAUGAUUCAUUCCUCCUACCACCCAAAUUCAGACAGUUGUGCCACUGUAUAUGGACUUCUCCAUUAAAGAUAAACUGGAGAGGUUUAUUCAGGGUGAAAUUUUGGAGGAAACUAGAAUCUGUCUGCUAUGUUUGAUUAUUAGAUUUGUUUAACUUGCAUGAAGCAGUUAUCAAACUUGCUUUCAACAAUUGUGUUGAUAGUAACUGUAUUUUCCCUCUUUGCACUCAAAUCUCUACUGAUUGUACUUUAAUAUACAGUGUUUUGUGUUAGCAUAAACUAUUCAUGCUGCACUGCAUAUGUGAGAUUGCAGUCUAUGGCUUAAUUCACCCUUUAGUCACUUGAAGAUCUACAUACAAAGAUUUUUUUUUUUAAACAAUAGCUUCAGCAAAACCAGGGAGAGGGUUCUAUUGUCCAGACAUAAUGUCACAAGUCAAUGUAUCUUUCCUAAGAGAGAAAAAGCGAUUUCUGGUCUUCAGUUUUAUAUGACAGCAUCACUGAGCAGGCUUUGGAGCAAAGGAGGAAAAACUACAAUUGGAAUCAAAAGACCAAUGAUAGUCUUGGCUACUCUUUGCUCAUGAAACAGUAACAAUUGUAGCUUUUCAGUCUGCUUAUUCUGGAAACCAGAUUUAGGAUCCUGUUUUUUUUUUAUUUAAAUCCACAAAUCAAGAUGAAUUCUACAACCAUCACAAUUUCUAAGGCAACAGAAAUAGAAUUAUUCCAAUUUGUGGGGAAAAUGAAGCCUAUUGUUUUUCAGAAAGCACGAUUUCAGGCUUACAAAGAUUGUAAAUGCAUUGAGCUUCAUUAGUUGGUUUAAAAAAACAUGCAAAUAUUGUACAAAAGUAAUGUAAAUCUAAUUAAUGCUGUGAAUUAUUUUUCUUGCAUACUGUAGCUAUCAGAUCAUUUGAAUUUUACAUUUUCUUGGUUAACCUGUAAUGUAUUUUUAAUAUAUGCUAACAACUUGGAAACAUGA